AUGACUGUCCAGGCUAGAGACUCUGGAUCUCCAGCUAAAAGCUCAGAAGCAACUGUCCGUAUUCAGGUGGUGCCAUCUACUCGUUACCCUACCAAACCCAACCCCAGCAUACUAGUCCUGACGCCAAUGGAAGGACUACCACCUGGAUCUCUUCUGGGUGUGUUGUUUCCCCUAAAACUCCCCAUGGUUCUGCGAUCUACACUUUAUUAGAUGACCAACAUGGAAACUUCAUGGUUGAUGGUCGAACUGGCAACAUAUUUCUUGUAAAAGAACUAGACUUUGAGAGUCAGCCUCGUCACAGCCUCCGAGUAAGCAUUGAGGAAGCCCGUGAAGUUUCUGGAAUGUAUCUGCCCCCAAGGGUAGUGCAAGUAGAAAUUGAAGUCCAGGACAAAAAUGAUCACUCACCAAUGUUUCCAGAGGACCCAUUGACAUUGGUGAUUCCAGAGGAUGCACAGGUUGGUUCCUCCAUCUUCACCUUCCAAGCUAUUGAUCACGAUGGUCCAGGCCCCAAUAGCCAGGUGCGUUAUUCCUUGAUGCGACAGGAGCCAGAAGCUGCUGAAUCUGCUUUUCGACUGGAUGCAGAGACUGGAGUAUUGAGUGUAGCAAAGCCAUUAGAUCGUGAAAAAGUGUCUUCUUACCUACUCAUGGUGGAAGCUACAGAUCGGGCAGUGAAUGCCAGUCAGCGUCGGUCAACUUCCGUCACUGCCAGAAUUUUUCUCAGCGAUCGCAAUGACCACACUCCACGGUUUCUCACACCAGCUACAGUGUGGUUAUCUGAAGACCUGCCUGUUGGAUCCACAGCUCUUUUCCUGGUGGCACAAGAUCCAGACCUAGGAGAGAAUGGGAGAGUUGGUUAUCAGAUAGCUGGAGGAAAUGAGGAUGGUCGGUUUCAGGUACAUCCACACACAGGUGCCCUGUCUGUGGUGAGAGCUCUAGACCGUGAGGAGACACCCGUAUAUAACCUAACCUUAGUGGCAACAGAUCAUGGCUCGCCUCGUCUGUCCAGCACGCAGACGCUUUCCAUCUCCAUUCUUGAUGUAAAUGAUGAAACACCCACCUUUGAGAAAACCCAGUACGAAGGGAAGGUGCUGGAGAACCAAUCCGCCGGCACAAGUGUGAUGAGAUUGCGGGCUGUAGACAGAGAUCUUGGUCCUGGUGGAAAGAUCACAUAUGGAGGGGUGACCGGGGAGGAUUUUUCUCUUGACCCAAAAACUGGAAUUCUGACCACCAAGCGGGAAUUUGAUCGAGAGAUGAAGGAGGUGUACAAGCUAACAGUUUAUGCGCAGGAUGGAGGCUCCCCUCCGCGAGUGUCAGAGGCCAGGGUGCACAUCACCAUUCAUGAUGAGAAUGACAAUGCUCCGAAAUUUGAGAUUGACAAUGUGUUCUUGGAAGUACCCGAAAAUCAGGAUCCCACAACCUUGUGUAUUCUCCGUGCCUGGGACCCUGAUGCCGGCAGUAAUGGACGCCUCCAGUACCGGCUUAUCGAUGGUGAUCCAUCCACUGACUUUAAUUUAGACUCCAAAUCUGGAGCCCUUUCUACAUCACGGGCUUUGGACCGAGAAUCUGUAUCAGAUUACCGCCUGACUGUAUUAGUUCAAGAUGGUGGCAAUCCAUCUCUCAGUGCUUCUACAGUUGUCACCGUGUCUGUGUUGGAUCUUAAUGACAAUACUCCAACCUUCUCAGCAGCCUCCUACAACGCAGAGAUCUCAGAAGAUGCCCCUGUGGGCAGUUUAGUUCUGAAGUUGACAGCCAUUGACCCUGACCAUGGCCCCAAUGGUCAAACAACAUACCAUCUAUCUAAUGGUACUCAGGGAGCCUUCCAUGUCGAUCCAUUAACUGGACAGAUCACAACCGCAGUUCAGCUUGACCGUGAACGCCGAGCUGCUUACACAUUCAUAGCGUGGGUUAUGGAUUCAGAUCCCUCAGGGCCACGUAGCGCAGAGGCUUCAGUGACAGUUAUAGUCCGAGAUGUGAAUGACAAUGCCCCAGCAUUUCAGCGAAGCCCAUUUCUCCUAAACUUGUCCCGUAACACUCCCAUCAAGAGGACACUGACUGCAAUGAGAGCAGAAGACAAGGAUGCAGGUGCCAAUGCUUCCAUCCUCUACAGGUUGGCUCCACAGUCAACAAAAGGUGGGUUUUCAGUGGACCCUUACACUGGGGAGGUGCGUUUGCUGGAGACACUGGAGGGGAUGAGUCCAAAAGAUCGCACAGUCUUUGUACAAGCCUCAGAUCUGGGAGAACCUCCACUUUCAACUACAGCUGUGCUGAUCAUUCAUCUACGGGAGGAAGCAGCCCGAGGACCUCGUUUCCCGAAAGAUUCCACCGACAUCAGCUUGUCAGAAAACAGCCAGCAAGGCUAUGUGGUUGGAGCGGUGAGAGCGGCACACAACGGAGGCUCUUCUGGGAAGAUCACCUACAGCUUCCUCAGCGGAAAUGAGUAUGGUGCCUUUAACAUCAACCCAAACACAGGGCAGAUUACGGUACUGCAGCCAACACUGUUGGACUAUGAAUCCAGCCCACGGCACAAGUUGGUGGUUCAGGCAGAGACGACCCAAUAUUAUGCCUUCACUGCUGUGAAUGUCCUGCUGCAGGAUGCCAAUGACAACGCACCACGCUUUCAGCUCCCGCAAUACACAGUUCAUAUCUGGGAGGCCCAGGCUGAUGGGAGCCGCAUCAUACAGGUUCUCGCUGAAGAUCCAGACCAAGGCAUGAAUGGUCAGGUCAUUUACGCUUUUGGGCCAUCACAGCCCAUGAAGGAUCUAUUUCGAAUUGAUGCCCAGACAGGUAUCAUCACAACAGCUGCCAUUUUAGACCGGGAGAUCUGGUCCGAGGCACGGUUGUUGGUGACAGCGACAGAUCGGGGGUCUCCUUCACUGACUGGGUCGGCAACCCUCACCCUGGUGGUAAUGGAUGUAAAUGAUAACAGUCCUACCAUCCCCAUUCAGAUGGAGCUGAGUGUUUCUGAAGAUGCUGUAAUUGGCUCUGAGGUUGCCCAGGUGACAGCAAACGAUGUGGACUCGGGGCCACCAUUAUGGUACGUGCUAUCCGUGGAUGGGUUCCCAGGAGGCGCCUUCAGCAUCUUUCGCUAUAGUGGCCACAUAUGGCUGACAGAACCACUGGACUAUGAAGAGAGGACAUCUUACACUUUAAGCAUUCAAACUUCUGAUGGAAAACACCAGAGCCGGGCAGACCUUCGCCUCCUGCUGCAGGAUGUCAACGAUAAUGCUCCAGAGUUCCGUCAGAGCCUGUACCAGGUGGCCAUCACAGAACAUACGAAGGCCUGGACUCCGCUUAUCACCAUCUCAGCCACAGAUCGGGACUCCGGGGAGAACAGCAGAGUCACCUACACAGUGCUGUCAGCCGGAAGUGGAGCAUUCUACAUCCAUCCAGAGAAUGGUACGCUUUUCACAACUCAGGCCAUGGAGCUGGAAACACAGGGGCCACUAGUGGAUGUCAUAGUUGAAGCUCGAGAUAAUGGCUCUCCAAGUCUGGCUUCUGUUGUUACUGUGCAGAUAAUUUUGAUGGACGUGAAUGACCAUGCUCCAGUCUUCCCACAGCAGCAGUACACCACAUCUGUGCCUGAGGAUCUUCCACUGGGCAGUACGAUCCUCAUCCUAGAGGCCACUGAUGCUGACCAGAGUCUGGAAAAUUCUGGACUGGAUUACACCAUCUUGAGCGGAAAUGUUGGCAACGUUUUCCAGGUGCAAAGUGGAAUGCGCUUGUGGAAUGGACAUUUUCAGCACAUUGGCUCAAUCAUCCUAACUGAUGCUUUAGAUUUUGAGACCACUAACUUCUAUAACUUGACUUUGGGGGCAUCUGACCGAGGUGUCCCACAACGUAGCCAUUCUGUUCCUGUGCUAAUCACCAUAUUGGAUGUCAAUGACAACCCUCCUGUGUUUCCACGGCCGGAUUAUAGUGUUCUCCUCAGUGAGGCUGCUCCUGUCGGCUCUGAAGUUCUUCGGGUCUUGGCACAGGACUCAGAUUCUGGUGACAAUGGUAUGGUGCAUUAUAGAAUCACAUCCGGAGAUGAGAGCCGCCUUUUCCAGAUCAAUGAGGCAACUGGAGCAAUAAGGCUAGUCCGCCAACUGGACAGAGAAAGGCAGGCUAUGCACACCCUUGUAAUCUUGGCUUUUGAUGGCCAAAAUGGACCAGCCAACUUUGCUCUUGUUCCUGUUACUGUGGAGGUCCGCGAUAUCAAUGAUAACAAACCUUACUUCCCAGUACAGAUACUGACAACCAGCAUUAGAGAAAACCAACCAGCAAACACUCUGCUCACAAUCAUUCAUGCCAUAGACCUCGAUACAGGAAUAUUUGGCCAUCUACUGUACACUGUGAUUGAACUUCCACCAGCAGAACCUGGAAUGCUGACUGGAAAAGACGUAUUCUCUGUGAACAGAACCUCAGGGGAACUACUUUCUCGGCAGAGUUUUUUGACUAUGAGCGCAGUAAAGCCUUCAGCAUGAUAAUAAAAGCAACAGAUGCUGGUAAUUUUUCUGCUACAGUCACUGUACAAGUACUUGUGACUGGGGAGGAUGAGUAUGACCCUGUAUUUGUAGCCCAAUAUUACAAUUUUGAGGUGCCAGAAGGAGCUGCCAAAGGUCAAACUAUUGGGCGCAUCCAGGCUACAGAUGAAGAUGAAGGGGCAGAUGGGGUAGUUCUCUACUCCUUUUCUAAACCAUCACCAUACUUUGGAGUCAAUGAAACCACUGGGCAAAUUUAUUUGAAGGUAGACAGUCAAAGGCAUCGUUCUGGACGUUCUAAGAGAGAGACAAGGGAAAUGACAAUGGAUGUUCAUGCCCACAGUCCCUUGCCGUCCUCUCGAGUUGCCAUAGCACAGGUUACAGUAGACAUUACACAUACAUCUUUUGGUUUGGCUCCUGACCUGAAUUUGCUCCUUAUUGUGUCAGUGGCUUCCUCAUUGGCAGUGGUUGUGGUGCUGGCUGCAGUUGCCAUUAUACUAGUGGUCUGCAGGUCUCGGGGAAUUCAAAAGAAAGGCCAAGAAGGUGAUGCACAAAUGGACAGUUUACAAGGCGGAACUUUACAAAGAAUGGGACACGAUAAAUCAGCACUUGGCAGUGGAGAUCGAAUUUAUCACCAGACUCUCCCAGGCUACCCCAUUGAUUCUUCCACUGUAGAUGGAUCUUACACUAGAGGAGGGUCUCUGGACCCCUCACAUUCCAGUGGACGUGGAUCUGCUGAAGCUGCUGAAGAUGAUGAAAUUCGUAUGAUCAAUGAGUAUCCACGUGUGGCAAGCAUUACAUCUUCUAUGCAAGAACACAUAUCUGCAAGAGGUCCAGAUUCUGGCAUCCAACAAGAUGCUGAUCAACUGUCUGAUAUUUCCUGUGACCCCUCUAUGGACAGCGGACAGUGGUUCAAGAACAAAAAGUCUUCCAGUCAGUAUCGUGACGAUGGUGGGGGAGGAGGUGCUUUCAUGGGAGUGGGAUGUGGACUUAACAUGCCUCACCACAAGGACUACACUUUCCCUGAAGAUGGCAAGCCAUCUGUGGAAGGCUCUCUGACAGCCAUUGUGGCUAGUGAUGAGGAAUUGCGUGGCAGCUACAACUGGGAUUACUUGCUUAACUGGUGUCCACAAUUUCAGCCUCUGGCCAGUGUUUUCAUGGAGAUUGCUCGACUAAAGGAUGAGUCGGCACUGAGAAGACCUUUUCAACCAAAGCCCAAAGCCAUUCCUCAACCUCGCAUUGACCCUCCUCCCCUUAUCACAUCUGUGGCUCAUCCAGGUGCAAAGACCGUGCCUCCUAAACCAGCUGUGGCCAGAACCUUCCCUAAUUUCUCAUCUCUUCGACGUUCUCCUAUAAUUAAUGAAGCUUCUCUAUCUUCAGCUAUACCGCCAAGCUUUUCCCCAUCUCUGUCUCCAUUGGCAGCUCGUUCUCCUGUUGUGUCCCCAUUUGGCAUCUCCCAGGGCCCCUCGGCAUCUGUCCUUAGCACAGAGCACAACCUUGACCCUGCUGGUGAUGGAGAACUAAGAAUCUAA